AAUGCAAAAUAAGACAAAAAAAGAAAAGAAAAAUAAACCACGGGGAUAAAGCUUAAGAGACGGACACGGAGAGCAGCUGGGUCCGCCUCGGCGGUUACCAGGCGAGGCUCAGAGGAGCUAAUCUGGCUAGCAGCUAACUGCAGCACUGAUUUAGCCGGAGAGCAGCUGCGUUUAGGAUUACGGCCUCGCUUUACGCCAUAACACUGCCAUGACAUGUUCACUGCCAUGUUAAGACGCUGAGCGCGUCCACGUUCAGGGACGCGCUUAUGACGGCCAAGUGCAGCGGCUCUACCUUUCGAAUCCUUGCGCCUCCUGUUUCGACGGCGAACCCCACAGCCAAUCAGGUUGCGCUUUCGGCCACGCCGCGCGUCUGGCUAAAAGAGCCCCCCCGACAACUUUCAAAUCUGUGUUGGUUCCGCGUUGGUUUAAGUUUAUUUCGUACCAGUUUUGCGAUUUGCAGCUGUAGUCUAUAACUGUUGACGGGCAGGAUCUGCUCAGAUUCGUCCUGACCUGAGGACAUCGCACCUGCUGCGCAGAUGGAGUUCAGCAUUGAACAGACGUGGGACAGUCUCCCUGUGGGUCAUGAACCGGUGAAGAUCUGCUUCUCCCCCGGUGAAGGCGGUCUAAACAUGGUAGUGGACGCUCCUUUUUUCGGCGACCCGGCCGCACCUCCCGGCCCGCCUGGCCAGCCGUUCCCGGGGCUCUGGGACUACGAGGUGGCCGAGUCCUUCUUCCUGAACAGCACAGAUGAGAAGUAUCUGGAGGUGGAAUUGUGUCCACACGGACAGCAUCUGGUUCUUCUGCUGAAUGGGAAACAUAAUGUGCUUAUGCAACAACUCCCUCUGUCGUUCAGUGUGGCAGUAAGCGGAGUCAGGUGGCACGGGCAGGCCCUCCUGCCCUGGAGGUAUUUCCCCCCCGGCAUUGAUAAGAUGAACUCCUAUGCCAUCCAUGGCUCGGGGGCAGGAAGGCGCUACGAGGCGCUCUACCCGGUUCCCCGAGAGGACCUGCACGAGGGACAGAGCCCAGACUUUCACCGCCUGGAGUACUUCCAACCCUUCAGCCUGCAAAGCAUUAUGGGAGAGAGCUGGGUCCAGCCCGAGUCUGAUCUGUGGGACACAGCAAGCAGAUGAACGGCUGAUCUCAGACCUGUAAACGCAGACGGGACGCCGCUCACCUGCAUCCAGAACGCCUGUUGUAAACUGCUCCUGAACAAAGUGCUUUGCAGUCUUCUCAAAGUUAAUGGCGAUUAUUACCUUUAAUGUGGCUCUAAUGGCAGUUAGAUGGAGUUGGCCAUUAGACAUGGGCUCCAUCAAUAAUCCAGCUGUAAUCUCAGUUAUGUGGAUGGUGUUUCUACGUUAAUGAUGGCAAUAAAAUGAACCAUCGAGAAUUACAGAGCAGGAAUAAACAAGGCUCAGGAAUGUCUAAGUAAUAAACCAACACAAUUUAUGGCCUAA